AUGGCAGAGUCAACAUCGCCAACAAUAUCACGAUCAGCACAUCGACUCGAGUAUCCUGCGUCGUUUCACACAACCUUACCCUCGCCCACAACGACCAAGCCGUACCAUUCAAGUUUUGACUUUAUUAGCGAACCACGUGACUGUGAAACAUUAACAAAUUACAAUCACGAUAUUCAUCGCACACAUUCACCGCGAACCCUCGAAAGUGAUUUACGUCAAUUAGAUAUCGAUUCUAAUCGUCGUACAAUCCAAACUAAACACAAGAAAUUAGAUCGAACUGAAUCAAUAUCAUUGCCCACAACACCAACUGAACAGUUAUCUCCAUCCUAUGAACACAAGUAUUCUCGAUUAAUCACUCUCAAAAAUGGAAUUAAUAAUAGUAAUGAUGAUGAUGAACCAUCUUUCAUUUUUCCAUCAUCAGCCGACUAUAUGAAUGCUAUUCCUGAACAAGAUCUGCAGCAAACCAGUGAAGAACUGCUCGCCAAUGUGAAAAAAAUAUUACAGCCCACGUCUUCUUCAUCAUCUUCAAAUGCAUCAUCCGAAACGAAUUCAUCGAUUUCGUAUGGUGUCGAUUGGAGUGAUCGUGCUACUCCAACAUCACAUUGUUGGUUUCCGUAUAAAAUGACUGAUAUAUCUUCAGCUCAACCUUGUGGCUUUUUCUCAUGUAAAGAGCCGAAAUCAAAUCAAUUUGUUGAAUUUCUUCAAUGUGAAUCAUGUUCACUGAUUGUACAUACUCAUCAUCUUCUCGAUUUACAAGCAGCAACAACAUCAACAACCAAUCUAAUUCCACCAUGUCGUCCGUCAUUCUCGGAACCGAUCAAUCCAAAUUCCUACAAUCAAAAAGAUAUCAACGAUCCAAAUCGGUUCGAUCGACACUACUGGUCACAUGUUUCCAUUCUCACGAAACCAUGUGCGCUGUGUAAACGCAAAUCGAUGUCAAGUUCUAUAUUUGGUAGCAAUCGACCUUCGACAAUGCCCUCAUUAGAUGCGAUGACGAAAGGUUCAUCAAGCAGAACCCUUGGAGGUGACAGUACCAGUCCCAAAAUGUCUGGCAUAUCGAGUGGUUUUCAAUGUUUGUGGUGCUUACGUGGGUAUCAUCGUCGGUGCUGGGAUCAGAUAUUUAAUCAAGAUGAAAAGAAUAAAUGUGAUUAUGGAAUAUUAAAAAAUAUCAUUGUUCGACCACAAUGGUUGCGUCGCAUUCCUGGUCCUCCAUCUCAUUUUCGUGCUCAAUAUCGUUUUCAUACCUCGAAUGACUCAUCCACAUCUACAGACAAUUAUACGCCAUUACUUCUGUUCAUUAAUAAACGUUCCGGUGGUCAGAGCGGAGAGAAAAUCUAUCGAAAACUUUUACAUCUUCUCAAUCCUCGUCAAGUGUUUCUACUCGAAAAUGAUGCAACUAUUUUCCGUGCUCUGGAAAUCUACUCGUCAUUAGCAAACAUUCGUAUAUGCGUUUUCGGUGGUGAUGGAACCGUCGGCUGGGUACUCAGUUGCUUAGCAGAACUUUAUCCAUCCUUGAAUAAUCCACCUGUCAGUAUAUGUCCCCUGGGAACAGGUAAUGAUCUUUCACGAGUUUUACUAUGGGGUGAGCAAUAUGAUUCCAAACGUUUAAUAUCGAUUUUAACACAAAUACCUCGAGCAUUAUCAACCGCCUUAGAUCGUUGGCAAGUCACAAUUGAACAAGUCGAGAAUCGUCAAGAAGAUAACUCGACUGCAUCACGAACACUUCUGUCGUUAAUUAAUCAUCCGAAAUUUGUUCGUGAUAGAAAUCGUGCGUCGUAUCAAAAUAACCGUACUUUGCCGAAUACACGUUUUAUUAAUUAUAUGAGCUUUGGCUUGGACGCAGCUAUCGCUUUGGAAUUUCACGAACGUCGAAAACAGGAUCCAGGAAAGUUCUCUUCGCCAUUAAAGAAUAAAUUUAUGUAUUUAAAUGAAAGUCGUAAAUAUUUAAAUGAUUUUGCACGUUCAAAAAUGUGGAAUUUAAGUUCCUAUAUACGUUUGAUAUGUGAUGGAGAAGAUCUAACGGAUUCCAUACGUAAUUGUCAUACAUUAUUAGUAUUGAAUAUUCCAUGUUAUGCAUCAGGUACAAAUCCGUGGGGUAAAUCAUCGAAUACAUCGUCGACCUCCUCUCAAACGAUCAUCAUUCAAAAAGAUUGUGAUUCAUUUCAAGAAAUUUCGACAAGUUCAAUUGAAAUCAUUGAUCUACCAGCAAAUACACAUGAAGUUUACGAGUUAGUAACACUAAACGAUUGUCCCAGUGAUCAACUCAAUCUACCAUCUGUAACAACAAUCACAACUCCGAUUGGUCGAUUUGAUCGACAAGAUUUUGGUGAUAAGAAAGUCGAAGUCGUCGGCUUAAGUACAACUCACAUGGCUACGAUCCAUAUGGGCUUUCGGGGUAUACGUAUAGCACAAUGUAGUAACGUACGUAUUGAAAUCUGUAGUCCGAUGACAGCACAAAUGGAUGGGGAACCAUUCUAUUUACCAGAUUCCGUUGCUGUCAAUGUGACACAUGCCGGUCAAGUAUUGGUUUUACGAAAUGACAAUAGAUAA